AUGUAUCGCGAUGUCGUGCAUCGCCGCUGGGCGCGCGCCUUUCUCUUCCACCUGCUCUCCAUCGGCCCCUUCCUCUUCCUCUGGGCCGCGCCGCUCGUCGUCCGCGCGGGCCUCCUCCCAUCGCUCCUCUCCUUCUUCUCGCUGCGCCUUUACCUCGCUUUCGCGAUUUUUGAUCUUUCGCAACUUCUUUUCGUUCUAGCUCACCACGCCAUCGUCGUCGCAGACGCCCCUCCCCUCCCCUCCACUGCCUCCCUCCUCUCUUCCGCCGCGAAUCUCGCCGGAUUUGCCGGCAUAUCAGAUCCACGCCCGUUCGUGCACCAAGACCAACAGAUUCGCGCAUCGCACGACGGGUUUCGCGGGCCCGCCAGCCAAUGGGAGGCGGAAGCGGCUCGGGCGACGCUAGCUGGCCGCGCCAAGUUCGCUUCUCUUUGCGCCGCGGCGGGCGCCGCAGGUGCGAUCGCGCUCUCGCUCUUCCGCGCGCAGCUUCUGGGCAGCACGGCGGAGACCGAAUCCAACGACGAGUGGCGGCCAGACGGUUGGGCCGUGGCGGGCGAGGCGGGAUUCGGCGGCGCGGUGGGGGUGCUGUUCGCGGCGUACCACGUGGUGCGGCGCGACUACCUCCUCGCGUUCCCCGUGCUGCAGGUGCGCCGCGCAGCUGCGCUCCACCCCGCCCACGUCGCGCCCCGUUCUACCGAUUCAAGACGACCCUCCCGCGCUGCGCCACGUCAGCAGCCACAUUCGGGUGCAUCCACCGCGCUCCUCUACUCCCUCCUGCUCCGCCACGCUCCUGCUGCCGCUCCUCGCCACCGCCACCACCACCGGCCACCGGCAUCCCGCUCACCUUCCUCGCCGCCCCGCCUCUCUCCAUCCGCGCACUGCUGCUCUCUCUGCUGGCCCGCCUGCACGGCGUUGGCGUUCCUGGCCUUCUCCUGGGAGGCCGCUGCGGCCGCCGACGAACAUCUUCCUCACCCACCCACCUCUUCCUCCCCCCGCGCCCUCCUCCCCCUCCUCCCCCCCCUCGCCCCCCUCCUCCUCGCCCUCUCCCCCUCCCCCUGGCCCCGCAACUCCUCCAUCCCCUGUCCCCCUGCCCCUCCUCGCCUGCCCGCCUCGUGCUCCACUGGGCGCUGCUCGACCUCGUCGCUGCUCGCCGAAUCAGAGGCUGACACGUGCGCCGAGCGCUGGCGCUUCGCUGCUGCUGCUGGUAUCCCACCGUUACCCACUGCACUGCAGCAGCAGCAAGCAGCAGCAUUAUUCCUUACAGUCACCCACGGCUGCAUUCACAGCAGCCGGUUUGCCUCUGCUGAAGGGAUGAGAUGGCGGCAGGGGAAGGGCGGAGGGGAGGGGGGUGGAGGGGCAGGCGCUGCAAGGGGGAGAGGUCUUGGGAAGCGGCGCAUAUGGUGGGGUUUCGGGGGGCCAGGGGGGAGUGGAAUGGGCGGGGGGGGCGUGGAGGGGAGGAGGAGAGCGCCCAGCGCAGCUGAGGUGUUCUUUGACUGGCAGGUGAGCGGGCGGCAGGUGAGCGGGCGGCAGGUGAGCGGGCGGCAGGUGAGCGGGCGGCAGGUGAGCGGGCGGCAGGUGAGCGGGCGGCAGGUGAGAGGGCGGCAGGUGAGAGGGCAGCAGGUGGGCAUGCGCGCGCUGGCAGCGCUGACAGCAGCGUCGCGGGGGGAGGACCGCAUGGGCGUGGCGCAGAUGGCGGGCGCCAACGCCGCGGCGCUUUCCGCGCUGCUCUCUGCACUGCUCGCCCUUGACUCGCUCCUCCUCUCCCCCUCCCACCGCCACCCCGCCGCCCCCGCCACCUUCUCUGGCUUUGGGGAAGCUUCCUCGCAAGCGACUCCUCCAGGUGCCUCUCAACCUGCCUUCUCCCACCAGACCUCGGUUCUAGCUUCAGGAAGCGGGGGAUUAUUUGGCACACCGACCCUCGGUCUUAGGUAUGGAGGUGCUGCAGCAGGUGGUUCGGACGUACCAGGCGAGGGAGCAGGGGGCGGGGCGGUGGGGAGAGCUGUGUACAGCGAGGGGGUGGUGGGGCCGGUGUGGGGCGAGGCAUGGGCCAUGGCGGAUGUGGUGCGCACCUCUCUGUAUUGCAUUGCAGAGACGUUUGGGGAGGAGAUGGUGGAGAAGGCGGGUGGAGGGAUGGGAGGAGGGAGGGGGGGAAGAGGAGGCGGUGGGGCAGGUGCUUGGAGGGUGGAUGAGGCGUGGUUGCCUGGGGACAUGCGACCCUUGUUUGGUUCGAGAGAAGCUCAUGCAGCCAAGGUGCUGUCGCUGCUGGCACACACUGAGUAG